GGCUGGGCAAGGAUAGAGAUUCGUAGGAAUGGAAUCAGAUUCAGAUUCAGAUAUAGAGAAAAUCUCCGUCGGGAGCCUACCGUUACCACGCAGAGGUCUUGAGGUGCAAUCAAGAAGCCUCCAAAACACUAGAUAACUUGUAUGUGUAUCUACUAUUUCAAUGAGAAAAGGUUUUAUUCUCCAAUUGUUGGUGCUUUUUUCUCCCCACUCUCAAGACAAGGCAGACCGGAAAAUAAACCAAUUGAUUAGGUUGGGUGGAUGCGCAGGCAUGCCAUUAAUAUCCAAACAGGAUAAGGAAUAGAUGGCAGCGGAUCCUAUUGGUGUUCAGAAUUUAUCUUUUAUUUAUCUUUUUCAAAUUGUGGUCAAAUAUUGUCAGCCCUUUUUGUUUUUAAAUGCUUAAUUGCUUUCUAGUGAAUUUCUCUUGGAGUUCUUGGAUCAUGGAUGUAAUAUGGUUUUGAAUAAACCACAGGACAUCAUCCUUUUUGCUAGUUAAUAUCUGGAUUUCUUAAUUUUGAAAUAUUUGCUUUUUUGUGCUAGAGAAGUAGUUAAAUCCUAGGAUUACUUUCACACCAUCACUUGUAUAAGUUUGAAAUUUUUGCUUGUUUGUGCAUCUUGUCAAAUUUGCUCAGCCUAUGUUCAAGAUAUUAUAAAAGCUUGCUAGUAGCAACUGGGUAAUUUUCUCAUGGCAAAUGAUUUAUUUUAAUUUUUGAACUAAAUGUCUGUUAGAUAAUUUCUCUUGGAAGUAGUUAUAGUAACUUACUUGGCCACGAAUACUAUAAAUUAGAUCAAAACAUGGAUGAAUGGCUUGGCCCAAAGGUAAAAGCCAGUUUGUCCAUCUAUAAACCCGAAGACCCGUCCUAUCCAGAAAGAGGAAUACCUUCCACGAGCAGCAAAACCGACGAGGUGUGGAUCAAUGAAAUGACGGAUCAUGUAAAGCCAGCACACCCUGUGGACCAUCCUGACGGGCCAUGCACCAUCUUCAAGGUCCCCCAACACAUCCGGCAGUUGGAUCCUAAAGCCUACGAUCCAAUUGUUGCUUCCUUCGGACCUUUUCACGACGCCUCGCAUUGGAGUCCCGGUUUUGUCACGCAGGACCACAAGUGGCGGUAUGUCCGGCACCUUCUAUUGCGUCAUGGAAGCCAAGGGCGUGCAAAUCAAUUGUUGAAGAAGUGCUUGAUGGAGUUGAAGGAACGGGAUGCCGUGGUCCGGAGUUGCUACUAUCCGGAAUUCCCUCCAUGGAUGGAUGCCCAAGAAUUGGCAUCGAUGAUGUUGCUUGAUGGGUGCUUCAUCAUUUAUCUCAUGCUAAAAAUGCAUGCGAGGAAGAAGGGGAUGGAAGAGGAGAAAGCAGAGGAAGAGAAGGAAUCAUUGAACAAGGAAAUAGAGGGAGAAGAGAUAGAGGACGAAGAGAUGGGAAAGUUGGAGCACGAGACAACCAAGAAGGAUGAGGGCAAGAAGAGGAGAGAGUGUACGAUUGAGACAAGGGAAGGGGAGGUGGUUUUAAAUGUGGAGGAGGAACAGCUUGAGGGCCCAACUGUGGCAGGGCUAUUCACUAUUAAUUUAGUGGUUUAUGAUCUAUUGAAGCUUGAGAACCAAAUUCCUUUCUUCAUCGUCGAAUUGCUAUUUAAUCAGCUCAAGACACCUAAGGAUGGAAAGAUUGGUCUCGUAAAGCUUGCCCUCCAACUCUUUGAGAACAUCUAUCCUGAGGCAUCCAAAAAGUUCGUGGAAAAGCCUCCAAGCGAAUACCAUCAUCUGCUCCAUCUAUUUUAUUCAUCUCGGAUCUUUGCAGAAAAGCCACAAGAGCGUACAUUUUCACCAGGAUGUUUUCAUUGUGCAACUGAAUGCAUAGAGUCCAAGUGGAAGAAGGUAGAAGCCGCAAUUGACUGCAAAAGGUCCAAGUGGAAGAAAGCGGAAGCUGCAAUUGAAUGUGUAAGGUCCAAAUGGAAGAAAGCGGAAGCUAGUCCUUCACGAGGAGCUUCGACAUCUGCACCCAAGUGGACUCCGAGUGCGACGGAGCUCGACAGGGCUGGGGUGAAGUUCAAGAAGAAGAAACUAUCGGUAGACAGCUUCUUGAACAUAACAUUCGAGCAGAGAAAGAUGAAGAUUACACCAUUGCUAUGUCUCUUGAAGUUAUGUUUGAUGUUUAGAAGUGGACGGAUGGAGAUACCACCACUGCAUAUCUAUGACUAUACCGGUCCUCUCUUCCAAAACCUCAUAGCUUUCGAACAGUGCUAUCUGUAUACUGAGAUGUACAUCACAAUAUAUGCACUGUUUAUGGAUUGCAUCAUUGACAAGGCUGAGGAUGUGCAGUUGCUCCACUUGGAAGGCAUACUGGAACACAAACUGAGCAGUGAUCAAGCAGUGGCAAAACUCUUCAAUAAGUUGGGUUGUCAUAUACACUUUACUUUGGAAAAGAACUACCUUACAAAUCAGAUUGAGAAAGUAAACAAGUUUUAUGAGUCCAAAUGGCACAAAUGGCUUGCUGGAUUGAGGCGAGACUAUCUUAGCAACCCAUGGGCUAUAAUUUCAGUGUUGGCGGCGAUCUUUCUUCUCUUGUUGACCAUCGAGCAAGCCAUAUUUUCUGCUCUAUCUUAUUUUCACUCUUCAUAGUUGUUAUUUACCUGCCAUCCUAUACAAGCAUGGAUCAGGAGACAGAUAUAAUGGAAGGGUGAGUGGAUAAGAAAGGAUUCCCUCCACACAUAAUAUUGGAAAAUCUUCUGUUUAUCUAGGUAGAAAAGAAACUACAUGGUGAAGUGUGGUUGCUUGGUCGUAUAGAUAAACACGGUUGGGCUAUGUUAUGGACCUUACAAAAAAUAAUUUGCUGAAAUGUAUCAUGGUCGCUAUAUAUGUUAUUUGCUUGGAAGUUAGCUAUUGGCUGUAAUGUGGUUAUGUUAAGGUUCCAUCACAUGAAAUCAAAUUAAAUUCCG